AUGGGUAAUGUUAACUCAAAAGAACAAAGACAAAAAUACCAUUUCGUUGAAAUGGUAGAAAAUGAAAAUGGUCAAAUGGUCGAAGGGAAGGUUCACUAUUUAACUUUAGAGCAGGCUAAAAAAAUGUUUUUUGUAUCAAGUUCAUAA